GGUGUCGGCGUGAGCGCGCCCGUCGCAAGAUGGCGGCGGCCAUGCUGGGCCCCGGGACUGUGUGUGCGCAGCGGGCAGCUACGGCGCGGCCCGCCCCGCAGACUCGGCGGCGGCGUUAGCUUGGCCUCGGCCUCACUUCGCGGUCGCUACUUCUGUCUCUCCCUGCCUUGUCCAGUAUGGAUCUGCCCGUGGGCCCUGGCGCGGCGGGACCCAGCAACGUCCCGGCCUUCCUGACCAAGCUGUGGACCCUCGUGAGCGACCCAGACACCGACGCGCUUAUCUGCUGGAGCCCGGGCGGGAACAGCUUCCACGUGUUCGACCAGGGCCAGUUUGCCAAGGAGGUGCUGCCCAAGUACUUCAAGCACAGCAACAUGGCCAGCUUUGUGCGGCAGCUCAACAUGUACGGCUUCCGGAAGGUGGUCCACAUCGAGCAGGGGGGCUUGGUCAAGCCCGAGAGGGACGACACCGAGUUCCAGCACCCGUGCUUCCUGCGCGGCCAGGAGCAGCUCCUCGAAAACAUCAAGAGGAAAGUGACCAGCGUGUCCGCCCUGAAGAGCGAGGACAUCAGGAUCCACCAGGACAGCGUUACCAGGCUGCUGACCGACGUGCAGCUGAUGAAGGGGAAGCAGGAGAGCAUGGACUCCAAGCUCCUGGCCAUGAAGCACGAGAACGAGGCCCUGUGGCGGGAGGUGGCGGGCCUGCGGCAGAAGCACGCCCAGCAGCAGAAAGUCGUCAACAAGCUCAUCCAGUUCCUCAUCUCGCUGGUGCAGUCCAACCGGAUCCUGGGGGUGAAGAGAAAGAUCCCCCUGAUGCUGAACGACAGCGGCUCCGCGCACCCCCUGCCCAAGUACGGCCGGCAGUACUCCCUGGAGCCCCUCCACGGCCCGGGGCCCUACUCGGCUCCGCCCUCGGCCUACAGCGGCUCCGGCCUCUACUCCUCGGACGCCGUUUCCAGCUCCGGACCCAUCAUCUCGGACAUCACCGAGCUGACCACCAGCAGCCCCUUGGCCUCCCCCAGCAGGAGUGUGGAUGAGGGGCCCCCGUCGAGCAGCCCCCUGGUGCAAGUCAAGGAGGAGCCCCCGAGCCCUCCUCAGAGCCCCCUGGCGGAGGAGGCGAGCCCCGGGCGCCUGACCGCCAUGGCGGAGACGCCCCUGUCCCCGACCUCCCUCAUCGACUCCAUCCUGCGGGAGAGUGAGCCUACCCCCGCCGCCUCGGCCGCGCCCCUCCCAGAUGCGGGGGCCCGCCCCCCCUCGACCCUGCCCGCCUCGCCCCCUGAGAAGUGCCUCAGCGUGGCCUGCCUGGACAAGGCCGAGCUCAGCGAGCACCUGGACGCCAUGGACUCCAACCUGGACAACCUGCAGACCGUGCUGACGAGCCACGGCUUCAGCGUGGACACCACCGCCCUACUGGACCUGUUCAGCCCCUCGGUGCCUGACAUGAACCUGCCGGACCUGGACAGCAGCCUGGCCAGUAUCCAGGAGCUCCUGUCUCCCCAGGAGCCCCCCAAGCCUCUGGAAGCGGAGGACAGUAGCCCCGACUCAGGAAAGCAGCUGGUGCACUACACGGCACAGCCCCUGUUCCUGAUGGAGCCGGGCCCGGUGGACAUGGGGAGCAGCGACCUGCCCGUGCUCUUCGAGCUGGGCGAGGGCCCCUACUUCUCGGAGGGGGACGACGGUGCCGACGACCCCACCAUCUCCCUGCUGACGGGCUCCGAGCCCCCCAAAGCCAAGGACCCCACUGUCUCCUAG